AUGGCUAACACAAUUACUAAGUCUAAGGAAUUUUUUGGAACAAUACAACGGUUAUAUACUAUCUUUGCCCAUUCUAUUAAUAGAUGGCAAAUUUUGAAAGACAAUGUUAAAGGAUUAACUCUUAAAUCAUUGUCUACAACUCGUUGGGAAAGUCGUAUAGAUAGUAUUAAGCCUAUAAGAACUCAACUUGGAGAUGUAAGAAAAGCUUUGCGAGAAGUUAGGGGGACGGAUAGAGAUGCUAAAAUCAUAAGUGAAGCUAAAUCAUUAGAAGAGUAUGAACUUGGUGAUUUUGAAUUUUUGGCACAAAUUGUCAUUUGGUUUGAAUUAUUAUCAAAGGUGAAUGUGGUGAGCAAACGGUUGCAAGCAAAAGAUGUUGUUCUUGAUGUUGCUAUUGAUGAAGUGGACAAAUUAAUUAAAUUCUUUAAGAAUUAUAGAGAAGUGGGGUUCUCUAAGGCACUUGAUGAAGCUAGAGAAAUUGCAAAUGAAAUAGGUGUUAAUGCGGAAUUUCGUCAAAAACGUGUGAUAUAUAGGAAAAAACAAUUUGAUGAAUCAUCAAGUGUAGAAGAAGUAACAUUUUCACCCGAGGAGGAUUUUAGAGUAAAUUAUUUUUUAAGUAUUGUUGAUCAAGCUAUUUUUUCACUUGAAACAAGAUUUGAACAAUACCAAAAAUUCGAAAAAAUAUUUGGGUUUUUGUUUCCUAAAAAGUUGAAGACUCUUAAUGAAGCCAAGCUUAAGGAGUGUUGUUAUCGCCUUGAAGAUGCAUUGAAGUAUGAAGGAGAAUCCGAUAUUGAUGCUAAAGAAUUGUGUACGGAGUUGAAGUUGAUUACUACAUUUUUACCGAGACACAUUGACAACCCUUUUGACGUUUUAGACUAUAUCUUCCAACGCAGUACUACUUAUCCUUAUGCUAUAAAUGCAUAUAAAGUGUUGUUGACAAUUCCGGUAACCGUGGCAUCGGCAGAAAGAAGUUUCUCAAAGUUGAAGUUGUUGAAGACCUAUUUACGUUCUACAAUGUCACAAGAAAGGCUAAACGGGUUGGCGACAAUAUCUAUUGAAAGUGAAAUAUUAGAUACUAUGGAUUACAAGGAGUUGAUCGAGAACUUUGCUUCAAAAAACGCUAGGAGAACCACACUGUUUGCUUAGCAAGUAAGUUCGAUACUUUGAUCAUUUUUGCUACACUAUUUUUGUUAAUUUGUUUUAUCUAUUUCAUAACAAUUAUCGUAGUAUUAUGAAU